ACACAGAGGCGGCGGAAGGGGUGGAGCCGCCCAUGCGCGCCGUUGCAUCAUCGCCGACGUCUACAGGUUUCCUUUCGCAGCCACCCUUCUUUUCAGUCCAGUACGGUGGCCGACGGGAGCCAGACGCUGGGGAUGAAUGAAGGUGCUGUGUGCAGGUGGCAGUAGAAACAUAGGGAGCCUUUAAUUGUGCCAGGAAUAUUGCCAACAUCGGGGCCUGUUAAAGAGAAACCACAUUUUUCAGAGGUUUUAAAAAGAGGGGCACUCAUACAUGUGGAGUUAUACCCCUACUUUUUUUUUUAACCGCUAGGAUCAACAGUGAUAAUGACCGAGUGUACAAGCCUUCAGUUUGUCAGUCCUUUUGCUUUUGAGGCAAUGCAGAAGGUGGAUGUUGUUCGUUUGGCAUCUUUAAGUGAUCCAGAAUUAAGACUUCUCCUGCCCUGCUUGGUGCGCAUGGCACUUUGUGCUCCUGCUGACCAGAGCCAAAGCUGGGCUCAGGAUAAAAAACUCAUCCUUCGUCUUCUCUCUGGAGUGGAAGCUGUCAAUUCCAUUGUUGCUUUGUUGUCUGUGGACUUUCAUGCUUUAGAACAGGAUGCCAGCAAAGAACAGCAGCUUAGGCAUAAACUUGGAGGAGGCAGUGGAGAGAGCAUCCUGGUAUCACAGCUGCAGCAUGGACUGACUUUAGAGUUUGAACACAGUGAUUCACCUCGUCGAUUGCGUCUUGUGCUUAGUGAACUUUUGGCAAUUAUGAACAAGGUAUCUGAGUCCAGUGGAGAAUUUUUUUUCAAGUCAUCUGAGCUAUUUGAGAGUCCAGUCUAUUUGGAGGAAGCUGCAGAUGUACUUUGUAUUUUACAAGCAGAGCUCCCAUCCCUGCUUCCUAUAGUUGAUGUAGCUGAAGCCUUGCUCCAUGUUAGAAAUGGUGCCUGGUUCUUGUGUCUGUUGGUGGCCAAUGUUCCUGAUAGUUUUAAUGAAGUUUGUAGGGGCCUGAUCAAAAAUGGAGAACGACAAGAUGAAGAGAGUCUUGGAGGAAGGCGGAGGACGGAUGCCUUACGCUUCUUGUGUAAAAUGAAUCCUGCUCAGGCCCUGAAGGUCCGAGGCAUGGUGGUGGAAGAAUGCCACUUGCCAGGUCUUGGAGUGGCUUUGACCUUGGAUCAUACUAAAAAUGAAGCUAGUGAAGACGGAGUGAGUGACUUGGUUUGUUUUGUUAGUGGCUUGCUUCUUGGAACAAAUGCGAAAGUCCGGACUUGGUUUGGAACUUUUAUCCGAAAUGGACAGCAGAGAAAAAGAGAGACCAGUAGUUCUGUCCUUUGGCAAAUGAGAAGGCAGCUUCUUCUGGAGUUGAUGGGCAUUCUUCCCACAGUAAGAAGUACCCGCAUUGUGGAAGAAGCUGAUGUGGAGAUGGAGCCCAAUGUAUCUGUGUAUUCGGGGCUGAAAGAAGAGCAUGUUGUGAAAGCCAGUGCACUCUUACGUCUGUACUGUGCUUUGAUGGGGAUCGCUGGACUCAAACCAACUGAGGAAGAAGCUGAGCAAUUACUGCAGUUGAUGACAAGCCGUCCUCCUGCCACACCAGCUGGCGUUCGCUUUGUUUCACUUUCCUUUUGUAUGCUACUGGCCUUUUCUACACUUGUCAGUACGCCUGAACAGGAACAGCUAAUGGUAGUGUGGCUAAGUUGGAUGAUAAAAGAAGAAGCUUAUUUUGAGAGUACUUCAGGCGUCUCUGCUUCUUUUGGGGAGAUGUUAUUAUUGGUUGCUAUGUACUUUCAUAGCAACCAACUUAGUGCUAUCAUUGACUUGGUCUGUUCUACUUUGGGGAUGAAGAUUGUAAUUAAGCCAAGCUCCUUGAGCAGGAUGAAGACUAUCUUCACACAGGAAAUUUUUACUGAGCAGGUUGUCACAGCUCAUGCAGUUCGUGUCCCUGUCACCAGCAACCUGAGUGCCAACAUUACUGGAUUUUUGCCUAUUCAUUGUAUUUACCAGCUUCUGAGGAGUCGUUCCUUUACAAAGCACAAAGUAUCAAUAAAAGACUGGAUUUAUAGACAGCUCUGUGAAACCUCCACUCCACUCCAUCCUCAAUUACUUCCUCUGAUUGACGUGUACAUAAAUUCUAUACUUACUCCUGCAUCUAAAUCUAAUCCAGAAGCCACAAAUCAGCCAGUCACAGAACAGGAGAUACUCAAUAUUUUCCAAGGAGUCAUUGGGGGUGACAACAUCCGCCUUAAUCAGCGUUUCAGUAUCACAGCACAGCUUUUGGUGCUUUAUUAUACACUGUCUUACGAAGAAGCUCUCCUAGCAAACACGAAGACUUUAGCUGCCAUGCAAAGAAAGCCCAAAUCAUAUUCGUCUUCUUUAAUGGAUCAGAUUCCCAUCAAAUUUCUUAUUCGACAGGCUCAAGGACUGCAGCAGGAGUUGGGAGGGUUGCAUUCUGCUUUACUUCGUCUCCUUGCAACUAACUACCCACAUUUAUGCAUUGUGGAUGACUGGAUCUGUGAAGAAGAAAUCACAGGGACUGAUGCCCUGUUAAGACGAAUGCUCCUGACUAGCAAUGCCAAAAACCACUCUCCUAAACAACUUCAAGAAGCAUUUUCAGCUGUCCCAGUAAGUCACACACAAGUGAUGCAGAUUCUAGAACACUUGACUCUACUCUCUGCCAGUGAACUUAUACCAUAUGCAGAAGUAUUAACAUCCAAUAUGAAUCAGCUGUUGAAUUCAGGGGUUCCGAGGCGAAUUCUUCAAACGGUCAAUAAACUAUGGAUGGUUCUUAAUACUGUGAUGCCUAGAAGGCUGUGGGUAAUGACAGUUAAUGCACUUCAACCGUCAAUAAAGUUUGUACGACAGCAGAAGUAUACUCAGAAUGAUCUGAUGAUAGAUCCUCUCAUUGUGCUAAGAUGUGACCAGAGGGUGUACAGAUGCCCCCCACUGAUGGAUAUUACUCUACAUAUGUUGAAUGGAUAUCUUCUGGCAUCCAAAGCCUACCUUAGUGCUCAUCUGAAGGAAACAGCAGAGCAAGAUAGGCUUUCUCAGAAUAAUACAAUAGGUUUAGUUGGACAGACUGAUGGCCCAGAAGUUACCAGAGAGGAAUUGAAAAAUGCAUUACUGGCUGCUCAGGAUAGUGCAGCUGUCCAGAUUCUCUUGGAGAUUUGCUUACCUACUGAAGAUGAGAAGGCAAAGCGUGUCAAUCCAGACAGCUUGCUAAGGAAUGUUCAAAGUGUUAUUACUGCCAGCACUCCAACUAAGGGAAUGGAGGAAGGAGAAGACAAUUUGCUCUGUAACCUUCGAGAAGUUCAGUGCCUUAUCUGUUGUCUGUUGCACCAAAUGUACAUUGCGGAUCCCAACAUUGCUAAGCUCGUUCACUUUCAGGGUUAUCCAUGUGAACUUUUGCCUCUGACAGUCGCAGGUAUUCCAUCUAUGCACAUCUGUCUGGAUUUCAUACCUGAGCUUAUUGCACAGCCAGAACUUGAAAAACAGAUAUUUGCUAUCCAGUUGCUUUCUCACUUGUGUAUCCAGUAUGCAUUACCAAAGUCACUCAGUGUGGCUCGCUUAGCUGUCAAUGUCAUGGGAACUCUGCUAACAGUUUUAACACAGGCUAAGCGAUAUGCUUUUUUCAUGCCAACUCUGCCAAGUUUGGUCUCUUUUUGUCGAGCAUUUCCUCCACUGUAUGAGGAUAUUAUGUCUUUGUUGAUCCAAAUAGGGCAAGUCUGUGCCUCUGAUGUUGCCACUCAGACAAGAGACAUCGAUCCGAUUAUUACGCGCCUUCAACAAAUAAAGGAGAAACCAAGUGGAUGGUCUGGAAUCUGUAAAGAUCCAUCUUACAAAAAUGGACCUAGGGACACUGGAAGCAUGGAUCCUGAUGUACAGCUCUGUCAUUGUAUUGAAAGCACAAUAAUUGAAAUAAUAAACAUGAGUGUUAGUGGAAUUUAAACAAAAACAAAAAAAACUUAAAACAAAAAAAUGAAGCUGUUUUGCUGCAUAUACCCAACAUGAAUUUGCAUCUUGUAACAGCUAAACUGAAUGGGAACAGUAAUGUCUUGGAAUCACUAAAACGAUUCAAUUCAACAUGAAUACAAUUUAGAACUCUCUUGAGAAUUAUGCUUGCUUGUAUUUGAUUGGCAGUUCUUUGGAUCUACUUUGCUGGUAUGUUUUUUGUAGCAGCUGAGCUUUUUCUGUUGGGAGCACAUUUAAGAAGCCUUUAAUUUAAUUUCUUAUAAAAAUAAGUCUGUGGGUAGCCCUAGUAUGUACCUGUCAGCUAGUAACAGAGUAUAUUGUUGCAAUGAUGAGAGGGAGAAAAAGGGAAGGGAGAAUUCAGGAAAAAUUAGGAGUUUAGAUACCCAAAUAGAAACGUCUAAAACUUGCAAUGCAAGUAAGAGUAAUGCAAGAUGGAAUUCCAUUUCUCAAGAAAUAGUAUUGAGAAGGCUUUAAAAAAGGCAAAUAGCUUUUUGUGAAUGAUUUUCAUGGAAUUACAGAUGAGGAUUUUAAGAUUUUACAUAUUUGCUUCAAUUUUUACUAAUAUAUGAAGCCAUAUGUUUAAAGAGAUACUUGAAUAAUUUGGAAUUUUAAGAUACUGGUUUAAAAGUGUUUACAGAAACAUCUUUGUGCAGAGAAGAACCUGAAAGGAUGUCUCAUUUAGUUUUUUUAAAGUUUAUUUUUAUAAUGGUCAGAGGGGGGAAAUACGUUGGUAUCUAAUUAAAGUUUAGAGCAAUAAAACCCACUGGAUUAAAAAGUUCUUGGUUUGUCAUCAGGAUUAUAAGUCACAUCAUAAUUCUAGAAGAUUUUGAAGUACAAAAAUAUAUAGUGUUUGGACCACAGGAAAAAUUAAAAAGGGGAAAAUACUGUGUUGUGGAAGGAUUUUGCAGUCCUCUUUUAGGAAUGUCCAUUGAUUAGGUAGAUGCAUUCAGAUAACCCAUAAUCCUCAUUUUUUUUUCGUAAUGAAGUAUCCAGUGUAGAAGGUACUUCUCUUUGCUUUCUGAGAUAUACCUGAAUGAACCCCCCCUUCCCACCCCACUUGAAACAGACCUCUUCACUUAUAAAAGAAAUAAGGCAGGCUAAUAAGAAACUGUGGUUUUUAAGAAAAGAAAUUUAAUUUCAGCCUUUUCACUAGCAAAUAGUCACAUCUUAUUUUCCUUCUGUGUAAAACGGGAUUACUGCUGGCCCUACCUCAUAAAGGGUAUUAUAUAAGAAUUAAUUUGUAUCUGUUUCAAAUCAUGAAGUGCACAGUCUCAUGGAUGAGAGUAUUUAUAACUUUUAUUAGAUGCUUAAAGUUCAAUUAAAUAAUUUUGAUGCAAAAAAUAAAAGCGUACACUUAAAAACAAACUAUAAGAAUUUUCAUAUUUUUAAACAAGGCAGUUUUGUAGCCUUUUAAAAUUAAGUACAACUGCUCCUGUUUUGUUUUCUUUUGUUUAAACUGAGGCUUUGGAAUAUCUUGUGUGAGUAGGUAACCUCUAGGAAUUCAGAAAAGGUUUUCUAACUAAAUGCAGUGCACAUUUGUGGAUCAAUUUUCAAAGACUCGUCAAAACCUGCUGUGUUAAAAUAAUAACAUAUGCUGUUUUUCAUCAUGUUUGUUGAUGAUGUAAAUAAAAUGUGUAAAUAUAUUAGUGAAUGUUAAUAUUCAUGUAUUUUAAGUUUAGGUUAUAACAUUUGUCACAAUGUGAUUUUUUUUUUAUUCAAGUGAAAAACAGAUGUGUGCAGCUAUUUUGAAUAUUGGUUUAUAAACAUUCAUAUUCUUUAUCAAAUGAA